UAUCAUUUAAAGGGACAACGGCCCACUUCUGACAAGGAGAAAGGAAACCUUGGAGAUUUCUGCACACGUUCAGUUCUUCCGGGAUUUCCUGACUGUUCUACUCGGCCUGGACUGAUGAUCUGCAAAGUAUGGGGCGUGGGCAUGUUCAGCAUCGUGGCCCUGACCACCAGCAACAUCCUGCUGACGCUGCGCCUCAUGCACGGACGUGACGACGGCGGCUUCCUCGGAGGCGGGGGCGGGGGUGGUUGCGGCGGUUCCAUCUCCGACGCCGCCCCCCACAGCUGGACGGCGGCGCUCAGUUCCACCAACCACUCGGAGUACCUGACGUUCCUGAAGGCGGCCGCCAUCAACACGGCGGCGCAGGCGCCGCCCGAGAACGAGGUCGUCCUCAACGACGACAAGGGCACGACGGACAGCAGCGAGGCGCCUCAGGCUGGGGUGGGAGCGGGGGCGGCGUCAGGCCCCAGCCUCCUCCUGGGGACGGGCUUCAAAAUCGAGGAGUCCACUGGGAGGUGGGACGUUCGCAGGAGGUACAAAAUCCACGACCACGUGUUCACGGGGCCCCAGUAUCCUCGGCUGACGAGAGAGUCGCCCGUCUGUCUGGCGACGCAGACCUCCGUCGACAGGCUCUUCUGGCUGACGCAGGUCGCCAGGUACUGGACGUCGCCCAUGUCGGUGGCGGUGUUCACCCCUGACGUCGAGUACGCCAUCGCCCGAGCCUACCUCACCUACCUGGUCACCUGCUUCCCGUUCCUGGGUGAAAAGGUGACGUUCCAUUUCACCUACCCUCGGGACCACUUGCCGAAGGACAUGCCCCUGGUCAUCGACCACCUGGAGGGCAAGUGUGACCAGCCACUCGCCGUCCUGAAGGAGCUCCUGAAGCAGAGGAAUUCUAAGAUGUUGAUGUGGAGGGAGCGGAUGCCCUAUCCGCAGAAUGUCGUCCGCAACGUGGCGCGCAAGAACUGCGGAACGGAGUGGGUGUUCCUGGCGGACGUCGACAUUGUUCCUUUAUUCCUGGUCUGUCGGACGGACUGGCCACCUUCCUCGCCACCAAGCCCGCAGUCAGUUGCAAAAAGUGCGCGUUUGUUGUCCCAACGUACGAAGUGGACGAGAGGUCCCCCCUACCCUACAACCGAAGCAGCCUCCUCCGCCUGGCAGAGCAAGGGCGCGCCAGGCCCUUCCACCAGAAGGUCUUCGUACACAACCAGCACGCCACGAAUUUCUCCAGGUAAGGGCGCCUCCUCCUCCUUCCUCUCUCUUUCUCCUCCUCCUCCUCUCCCCCUCCUCCUUUCCUCCUACCCCCCCCUCCUCCUCCUCCUCCUCCUCCUCCGUCCUCCUCCCCUCCUCCUCCUUCCUCCUCCCUCCUCCUCCUUCCUCUUUUUUAUAGCGAUUUCUGGAGUUGUUGGUGAUGGGGUUGAAUCUUUCUGCGUCUCAUUCUUGCUGAAGACCUUCGUCGGAAGCGAAGAUUAA